AUGGCUAUUAGAGGGAAGGAAUUGAUGAAGCAAGUACUGAAUAAGGUAGGAGAGAACAAUAUGACACCUGCAAUGAAGGAAUCUCUCGAGAAAUCCACACCUGAUAGCAAGGGAAAUUGGGAGUUCAUGUCUUUGGUGUUUGGAAAAUAUCUUGGCUUUUGUUUACUGAAUUUUGGAGUUGUAACAAGAAAGGCUGAGAGUUCUUCUAAGGUUCUCGUUGAUCCUUGGAGUAGGAGUACUUGGAAGCCAAAUGUCCAGGAGAAGAGGCUCUUUAGUUAUAUCUUAGACCGCUACAUUAGAGUCAAAUUCACCCCAUAUGCCCUUCGUUGCAUAAGCAAGGCAGGAGGGAUUGACGAGUACCUACUGAAAACUCCUUACAAGAAAAUGGAAACAGAACUGGGUCUUGUCUGGAAAUCCAAGAUUGAAAAGAUGUAUGAAGAACUUGGGAAGGUGGAGGUUGCCUUCUUUUCACCUGAAGGUGAAGCCAAGUUUGAGCAGAGUUUCAAAGAUUUAAAAUUAUCAGAGAGGGAGGCUAGAAGGCAAUUCAGACAACAGAUGUACGCUGGGCUGGCCGAACAGAAGAAAGCUGAGGAAGGAAGAAGCUAUAUUAGUUUUGUCUUAGCAAGCUCUGAUGAUUAUCCUGAUAAGCUAGUGGCUAACUUUUGA